AUGGCCGACAGGGACACAGAACCAGACGCAACAUCGUCUACGUCCGGCAUCAAGAAUAACAUGUCCAAUCGACUCGUGUCACCGCCAGGAUCCAGGACCCCGCCCUCCAGACCUGUCAAGAGUACCUUAUUCUUUCCAGAUACAAGUGGGAAGAGCUCAAAUCUCCGCACUUUGUCAGACGGUGUGGAUCCUACAGCUCUUGCCAGCGCUCUAAAAGACUACGAUGAAGCUGGCCGCCGGCGCGAACGUACUCCAGGCGCAAGUCCAAGUCGCAAGAGGCAAAGGGUUUAUGGAGACCGGUUUAUUCCAAAUCGUGAAGGACAAGAUUUACAGGCAACCUAUAGCUUGCUCGGCGAAGACGGGUGUCCAUCUACGCCGUCCCGGACGAAGAAACGGACUCCUCAUGGAGAGCUUCACUUCCAACGAACCGAAGAAGCCAAUCGGACGUACUCGCGUGUCCUGAGAAGUGAACUCUUUGGCGAUUCCGUACCACAACCUGAUCCAGAUGUAGAUGCUUAUCUCAAUUUCAGUACAACAGUCCACGAUCCCACCCGUUCUCAUACUCCUCCUCCAGCAUCUCUAACGCCUUCGACUCCUCACAAAAACAUUCUCAAUUACUCGUCACCUCGAGCUGGAUCCAGCCACCCUACUCCUACAAAAACUCCUCGAAGUCAACACGGACCAAACUUGAACCCUCGAUCAGAGCUCUACAGUCUCUCACCCAUCCAUUAUAACAGCCAGAGGAUAUUAGGAACGCCUCGAAAACAGCCUCGCUUGGUACACAAGGUACCAUUCAAAGUGCUGGACGCUCCAGAUCUACAAGAUGACUUUUAUUUGAAUCUGGUGGACUGGGGAAGCACAAAUAUAUUAGGUGUCGGAUUGGCGAAUUCUGUCUACAUGUGGCACUCUCAAUCGGGCCAAGUCACGAGGCUCUGCGAACUCAAAGAUGACACUGUCACUAGCGUGAGCUGGAUACAACGCGGAACACACAUCGCCAUUGGUACCGGGAAAGGACUAGUGCAGAUUUGGGAUGCUGAGAGUUGUCGUCGCCUAAGAACCAUGAUCGGCCACCACAACCGAGUUGGUGCGCUGGCAUGGAAUGAACAUAUAUUGACAUCUGGGGGUCGCGAUCGAUUAAUCUUUCAUCGAGAUGUGCGAUCUCCUGAUCAAUACCUGCGUCGUCUGUCAGGACACAAACAAGAAGUAUGCGGUUUGAAAUGGAACACAGAAGAUGGUCAGCUCGCAUCAGGAGGAAACGAUAACAAGCUUAUUGUUUGGGACAAGUUGAACGAGACACCGUUACAUCGGUUUUCACAGCACACUGCGGCUGUCAAGGCAAUCGCCUGGUCACCACAUCAGCACAAUCUCUUAGCUUCUGGUGGCGGUACCGCGGAUCGUACAAUCAAAUUCUGGAAUACUGCUACCGGCCAAAUGAUUCGAGAAUUAGACACUGGAAGUCAAGUGUGUAACUUGGGAUGGUCGAAGAAUUCCGAUGAGCUCAUCAGCACGCAUGGUUAUAGUCAAAAUCAGAUAGUGAUCUGGAAGUAUCCGCGCAUGGAGCAAAUCGUAUCGUUGACUGGUCAUACGUUUCGUGUACUCUACCUAGCGAUCAGUCCUGAUGGGCAUACAAUUGUCACUGGUGCUGGUGACGAAACGCUGAGGUUCUGGAAGAUCUUUGACGCUCAAAAUCGCAACGAUUGGCGAAGGGGCAGCCGGCUCGCUGAGCUGAGCACAAUACGAUAAUAAUAUUGACAUUCAUCACAACCGAACGACUUUCAAAGUUUCUAUUCGGCGCUGCAUAUCACGGCGUUCACUGACUCAUGUCAUAUACUUUUCAAACUUCAAUUUACUAAUCCACGAGACACGAAUCAUGCAUUGUUCCGAUAUUCUUUCGAAUCGGAUGGGCUUAACUAACAACUGGUGUAUGCAUGGGCAUGAAGCUGGCUGAUUUGGGAUUUAACCUAUUUGGAGAAAUUUUUCACAUGGAGUUUUGUCGCAUUUUCGUAAAUCUGUUUGGCACUUUUCGUUUUCUCUUCGAAUCUACAUAUUGUUUUCUGACUCCAUUCUUGUAGCAGUGGCGCAAAAGGUGUUCUUUGGAUCCCCCAUCACUGAAUGGUUUUUCUUAUUCCUUCUCUUCUUCGGUUUUGAGUUUUCUUCCUCUGUCUAUCAUGAAGACAGGAUGUUGAUACAAUGCGUAUCAUGGUAAAUUGGAGGAGGAAGAUAAACUCUUUGGAUUAUGUACUUUAGUACUCACGACUUUCGAAUCAUAUUGCAUGUGCACGCAUGAGCUUUUGCUUCUCAAAUAUUUUUCAUAAAUUGGAAGGGAUAGAAGAUAGAAGAUCAACGCCGUUC